AUGGGGCAGACUGGGAGCUGCUGUCAGGAGGAGGAGGCCAUCCCAGUGGAAGUGGUUGAGCCUGUGUCGGCCUUCAAAUCGGAGAAGGUCCAGUCGCUUCAAGCAGAAGUCCUGGAGAAGGUCCGGGGCCAGGAUGUGAAGCUGACAGAGCCGGAGCCCAGGCUUUGCCCUUUGGCUGUGGAUGUGCAGCUGGUGCGCGGCCUGCCAUUGCACAGCACUUUGCGGGGCGCCGGGCGUCUCUGGCGCAGGUCACCCCUGGAUAUGCCCGAGAAGCAGCGCGCCGGGCUGUGGGAGAGGUCUCAGCCAGCCGAGUGCCUUGACGUGUUCCUGUCGCAUACCUGGUUGACACCUGGACGCUGGAAAGUGUUGUCGCUGAUGUUACAACUUGGAUGGCGACCUAUGCUGGUGAUCUGGUUGCUGAUGAUGGCAGUUCUUCCGGUGAUGGUCAAAAAUGAGCUCUUGCCCAUGCCCUUCAUUACAGAGCAGGCCAGCCUGGACUUUGAGGGGGAAUGCCCCUGGUUCCCCUGGCUCCUGAUGAGUGGCGCACUGGCUUUGAUUCUGGGCAUGCUGAUGGUCCCGUACAUCCCUGGCCAGCGCACCAUGUGCUUCUUGGAUGUGGCGUGCAUCCACCAAGUCGACCCCGACUUGAUGAAGCGCGGGAUUUACGGACUGGGCGGCUUUCUCAAGUUGUCCAAGGAGCUUCGGGUGCUGUGGAGCCCGCCGUACUUGACUAGACUUUGGUGCGUGUUCGAACUGGCGGCGUACCGCAAAGCGAACCCAAGAGGUAAGAUCACAUUCGCCCCGCUCUUCGUGGAGUCCACGGUGGUUGUGCUGAUUGUUGGGGGGUACCUGGCCUCUGCUUUGCUGCAAGUGCUCUUCGUAUUUCAAGACGUCGUGAGGGUCAACUUAUUUCUCGCCACCUUCCUGGGCUUAGCACCCGUGUACGUCAUGGUCCACAUGAUUCGAAAGUACAACCAGGAGAAGCGUCAGUUGUUUUUGGGCCUGGAGCACUUCGACCUGAAGAGCGCCUUUUGCCGCAACGAGCUGGACAAGGAGUUCAUCUACACGGCCAUCCGUGAAUGGUACGGCAGCGAGGAUGCGUUUAUGGACUACGUGCGGGGCCCCUUGCGCCAGGAGCUCUUAGCCAUGACGUCCAUGGAAGUGUCACUACCCUAUCUUUUGCUCAUGGCCACGGGCCCGAUGAGCUCAAGUACUGACGGCACUGUGGCCCGUUGGAUGGCGCACGCUCCAGCGCAUAGCCUUGUGGCACAUGUGGCUGGCUAUGUGAUCCCGCUGACGGGCCUUUGGUUCAUCGUGAGCAUGAAGUUGGUGCUGAAACUCUGCGACCGCUUUGCGGCACCCUGGCGGAGAUUCGACCACUUGCAGACCUUGGGCAUUUUCCUCGCUUACUGCUUGUUUUUCUGCCUCGGAGCGGCUGUUUCAGAAGUUGUCACUGUACACAGCGUUGAGGCCUCCUGUGUCUGGUUCUUUUUUUCGGUCGUGCUUGCUGCUUUCGUCACCUGCCGCUAUCGCUAG